AUGCCUUCUGUUCCCUGGGCCCGCCCAUUGCACCCGCCUUCCCAGCGAGGCCUCCGCCCAGAGCCGCCCCCUCCCCAGUCCCAAGCAGGGUGCAGCCCCGUCGAGAGGGCCCGGAACAAACGCUACCCAGCUCCAGCCCUGGACGCAGCAGCCGUUGCGAUGUUGAUGCCUAAGAAGAACCGGAUUGCCAUUUAUGAACUCCUUUUUAAGGAGGGGGCGAUGGUGGUCAAGAAGGAAGUCCACAUGCCCAAGCACCCAGAGCUGGCAGACAAGAACGUGCCUGAUCAUCACGUCAUGAAAGCUAUACUGUCUCUCAAAUCGCGAGGCUACGUGAAGGAACAGUUUGCCUGGAGACACUUCUACUGGUACCCCACCGACGAGCGCAUCCAGUAUCUCCACGAUUACCUCCACUGGCCCCCUGAGAUCGUGCCUGCCAACUCUGCUCCGCAGCCGUCCUGA